GGAUCCCUUUUAGUCAUUUCCCUCAACUCCUAAGCCUUUCCUGUGGGAGAGCCAAGCACAGCUGUGUUCACAGAAGGGUCUGGUGUGAGAUGCUGAGGAGUUAUUCAUAAAGGGACGGGAGAAGAAAAAAGUGAGCAGAAAGGAGCUUCUGAGAUAGCUAACAGUCCUUUUUGUUCUGCUUGUGAUGGAGCAUUCAAAAUGCACUGGGGUGGGGAUCUGCCAUUGCUCUCCCUAGCUACUUCUAGAGGAUAAGUCACGUCUCCUUUUAAGGACAGAAGCAGAACUUGGCAUUAUUUACUAUUCUCAUAAGUGUAUGAUCGUUCCUUCUGACUGUAGUUUGGACAUAUGUGACUAGAUAAACUUACAGCUUCUCCCCUGUAUUAUGUCUACUGGCCUUGGAUCAGGAGGAUGAAAGUUCAAAUCUGGUCUCAAGACACUUAGUAGCUGCUCAUCUGUUAAAUGGGGAUAGUAGCAGCUGUCUGUCUCUCAGGGUGAUUGUGAGGAUUAAAUGAGGUAUCUGUAAAGAACUUGGUAUAGUUAGUACCUGGCAUGUAGUAAGUAGCCAUUAUUUAAUGGCAUUUCCCCUCCCCUACACACUGGGAUUUACAGUCACAAAGAAAGGAGAGACUUGAACAUCAGCCCUGCUUAUCCUUAGUUUGCUUUGGAGCAAGGACCGUAAUUGAGAAGUCAAAAGAAACAUGACCAGAAGAGCGCUGCCAGACGCGAGGAACGAUUGAAAUUUUCUGACUCAAAUUCUUGGAAGAAAACCCUUAGCUGCACUGUUCCUCAGUGUGGAGGAAUUGGUUUAGAAAGGAGUUGGGAGGGGGAGCAUUCAAAGAAAGCUCACUAAAAGCCAGUGGCCUCUUAGCCUACUUGCCAAGAAGAAAAGGUCCAGUUAGAUUGAGACUAAAAAUAUAUAUAUACUGAUACCAAAAUUCGGCCAGUCUGAAACUUGAUAUCUAUAGUCAUUAACUUUUUCCUUGGGGAAUGAUUUUCUGGCUGUGGAACGUGCUCUGAGGGCCCAAUCGCCCAGGGGCCUUCAUUAAAACCUUUCUUUACUUGAGACUUUUCCCCCUGAACUGGAUCAGACAGAAAGGCUUCAGUGGACCCCAAAGUAACAUUUUAAGAUGUACUUUUACAUGGGGGCCAGGGUGAUCAGGGAAGUGAAUGACUUACUUGUCUAUAAAACAUAAUAGAUGUUUAAUAGCAUGAGUUACUUUUUUUUUUUUUUUUUUGAGUACAGUUCCUGAGCUCAAAUUCUUCAGUAUCAGUGUCCAGAGUAGAGGCUCAUCUGUCACUUGUUCAUGUCAAAUCGAGUGAAAUGAUAAAGUUCAGUUGAACAUUUGUUCACUGAACAAAUGCUUCCCUCAAAAAAAUCCUAUAUUGGAUAUAGUUCUUGGGAAAUUAUGGUAUAAUGUACCAAGUCACACAUUUAUACAAACUAGAGAAAAAAAAAACCCAAUAUUCCUAAGCUAAUACAGUAUGUUUUGAAAAUAGCUAGGUUUAGAACCAUAUACCCCAUAUAAGAGAUAAGCCACUCUUUCUGACAAACUAUCAAUUGGACUAAAAAUAAACCUUGUUCUACAAACCAAAGACAAUGUGUGUAACUUGGUGGGAUGUAGUAGGAGCAGUCUAGAAUUGACCUGGAAACUAUCAAUCAUCUCUAAGUGGAAAGCAAAGACAGAGGGGAGGAGAAGGGAAAGAAUCACUGGUUCUUUUAACAGACUGGGGGAAUGCAAUUCUAAAAAUAGUCAUAAUCUACUCUGCUUUGCAUAGGACAAGCCUUUUCCUUUUAAGGAUGUAAAUGAACUUUUAUAUUUAAAAACAGUACCCAAUAUUCCCAACCUCACAAUCUUGUCCAUUUUAGAACUAGUCAGAGCUUAUUUGAAAGCUGCUCACUAGAAACCAAUGAUCCCUGAUACAUGGUUGUUGAUUAAAAGGAAAAUAAAUCCCAUUUAAAGGGGGAGGGGGAGCAUUUCACUUGAUUGGCAGAUCUGCUAGGCUUUUAAAAUGCAAACUGCCUUCACAGGUCGCCCAUGUAUGUCUGUUUUUUUUUUUUUUUUCUUUUAAGCAGACACAAACCUUCAACACCAGUUGUUGGCCAAAAAUAAACACCAUUCCUCAACCAUAUAUGUCCACCAGCCCUGGCCCAGGAGGAGGUAGGUCAGGCGCCCCUCCAGACAUCUCAGUAUAGCAGGCACCCACAGCAAAGCUGUUGCUUCUCUCUUUCCUAACAAAGUGCUUUUGUUCCCACCAUGCACAUAACUCAGCUUAACCGGGAGUGUCUUUUACAUUUAUUUUCCUUCCUGGACAAGGACAGCAGGAAGAAUUUAGCAAAGACUUGCUCUCAAUUGUGGGAUGUGUUUCUUGAUCCUUUGCUCUGGCCCCUGCUGCAUUUUAAUUCUCUCAUGGAACUGAAAAAGGAUAACUUCCUCUUGAGCCCUGCUUUAAGGUGUUUGUCGAUUUGCUGGCAUUCGAGCCAGGUAAAGGUGUGCAACGUUGAAGACUGGAUGAAAAAUGCCUUGCAGAAAGGUGUUUGCAGCACUCACGAGCACCUCGCCACCGACUUUUUAGUCAAAGUUUGCCACAGGUGUCCCAAUCUCCUGUCCUUGACACUCUCCGGCUGUGGCCAUGUCACCGACGAGUGUAUCGCAUUACUGCUUCAGAGUUGCCCCAACCUCCACACCCUCAAACUGGAAAACUGUGUUCGGAUCACCAACCAGACGCUGGCUGCCGUAACCACCCACGGGCGCUCUCUGAGGACCCUUCACGUGGAUUUCUGUCGCAACGUGAGCCAGUCGGGUCUGCGGCGGGUCAGAGACCAGUGUCCUUGGCUAGUUCUGAAAGCAGAGAGAAGUGCAGACAUGAUCCCAGACAUGCUCCCUGAGGAAAAGCUCAUCCAAGACAGGGUGGCCAGAAAACUCUGAGAGAGAAUAUGGGGCCCACCUCCCCUCUGGGACUCUGGAGGCCUCCACCCCUGGCAUGGAGGUGAAAUAUUCUCAUGAAGGCUUCGAAGUCCUCAAGUUGUAGGCAAGUUUUUGCCACCUGGAAUAAGCGUCAAGGAAAUGAUGACAAAGGUAUAUUUUCUGCUGCUAAGGGCCCAAGAGUGGAGCCCCCUGAACCUGGAUCAGAGAGUAGCUGAAGCAAAGUCGCGACAGUGAUGGUCCAUCCCCCCAGAGGAAUUUAGUCCUUUCAAUCCUCAACCCCCAGACUAGCUCUGAAUCCCUUGGCAAGUCCUAACUUCUUGGUUCUCAAGUUUUUUCAUCUAUAAAGCAAGAAUUUUGAACUAGAUAGUCUGGAAGGUCUCUUCCAACUAGAACCAUCUGAUUUCCUUCUUAAUUUGCAUCCUAAGACUAACUUUGUAAAGGAAAAGUAUUUUGCUUGACAAGCUUUUCCUGAACAUUCCAAGAUGCCAUUUCUCUUAAACAACAGACACAAACAUGCUAAGAUUUGCAAAGGGUUUUACACAUAUUCCAUUUGAACCUUGCAGCAGCUCUCUGAGGUAAAAAUAUAUUGUUAUUCCCUUUUACGGAGGAAGCACCUGAAGCACAGCAUAUAUAGUGACUUGUCCACCUACUUAAAGGAGGAAGAGCAGGUAAAAGCGAUGCCUUAUUUAGUGAGAAGAGAACUGACCCAGACUGAAGUUCCAAAGUUUUUACCACAUUUUGGUGAGCUUGGAACUAUAAUACAUGAUUCCUGACUUUAUUAAUACUAUUAAUAAUUCUCAAGGCUGCACAAUUAUUUGUUAAAGCUGCCCCUGGUCUCAGUCCAUCAGAACCCAACCCCAGUCCCCCUGGUGAGCAUGAUGGGAACCAUUGUCUGGCUUUCAGAAGCUUGGACAUCCCAGAAAAUGCUUCGCUUCUAGGGAAACUCUAAGCAGCCUGCCAGUUCUGAAGCCCAAAACCCAUGGGUACCCAGGAUGUCCUUCACCGGCCAUCAACAUAAACUGCUGUUCAUCACUUCAAAGCUGGUGCUGGGGAAGGGAGGGAGCUUUACAGACUUCCCAUUAUUGUUUAUAACUUGUGUCCCAUUAGCUGGCUGGAUCACACUAUAGUAGCAAAAUACUAUUAGGCAAUCAGCAGGAAUCUGGCACCAGACCAGCUAAAUGAGAUUUUAAAAUGGCUGCCAUGGUUACGGAUUCAGAAACUAUACUUGACCCCCUGAAAAAUGUCAACUCAUUUUCCUAAGUUUCCAAAAUCUGCUUAUGUUUUUUACUUUUCACAAAAGACUGGUCCAGGAAUCAGUUCACAAACUCUGUGGAGGGGAAAAGCAUAACGGUAGCAGUAGAUUCCUCAAAUUAAUCAAAUCUGAGUCAGUACUAUCCCCAGUAUGUGCUGCAGUGAACUGUUUUUGGUCCUUUCUGCAGAAGCAGCUCAUGGCACAGUGAGGAAGACCCGAGUUCAACUUAAGCUCUGUUUGCUUCAGUUUCCUCCUCUGUAAAAGGAGACCAAUAAGAACCACUUCCCUGUUGUGAAGAAUGAAGGAGAGAAUAUUUGUAAAAAGCAAAGUAGCCGGUGCUGUACAAAUGAAUUACCCUCUCCUCGGAUUGUUUAGUGUCCUUGAGGACCAAGGAAAUGAAUUAAUCAAACAAAAACAAAGUUGGGCUUACCAAGUCUGGCAAAGCCCAAGUGUCUGGAGAAGAAACGUACAAGUUCUUUCUCCCCAUUUUGUCCUUAUCUCACUAUGAUAAAUGGGACCAAUCUCACUUCUAUCUACCUUUGUAUAAUGCUUUUAUAAUUUUAAAUUAUAUACAUACAUACAUACUAGAAGUGUGUAUAUGUACAGUGUCCCAGAAGUUUUAAUGCUUUAUUCACAGCUUUUGGAAUAGCUUAUAUGCAUCGAUAUGUAGGUUCAAAGGGGAAUUAAAGUGACAUGAGCAUCCAAUCCCUUCCUUCUUCCAUUGAUUCAAGAUGAAUUCCUCUUGCCCAUUUCUGAGGAACUGAGCUAAGCUGGUCAGAGUCUCUUAAUCACCCUGUAAAGGUCAGGGGCCACAGCAGUGGAGUUAAAUAGAAAUGAGGCCACUAGUCCAUAUGUGAGAACCCUGGCUGACCACACAUUUAGUUUUAAAAUGUAUUCCAUGUUAUCUGGGUUUUAUUGUAUUUAUUUUGUUAAAUGUUUCCCAAUUUAUAUUUUAAUCUGGUUCCCCUACCCCUCCCAGCACAGUGGGUCAUGCAUUUGACACUGAUGGCUCUGGGCUACAUACUAUUUACCUUCUUUCUGGAGCUGGCUUUAUAAAAUAAGUUUUCUUUCCCAAGUUGUAUGAAUUGGAAAUAAUUUUUAAACAUGUUAAGUAAGGAGUUUAUUUUAAAAAAGAAAUUCUUUGUCAA